AUGAAGUUCGUAUCGGAAAUCUGGCAUCCAAAUAUUGACAAGGAAGGGAAUGUUUGCAUUUCCAUUCUUCACGAUCCAGGAGAUGAUAAAUGGGGUUAUGAGCGACCUGAAGAGCGUUGGCUUCCAGUACACACGGUUGAGACGAUACUGUUGUCGGUUAUCUCCAUGCUAGCUGAUCCCAAUUUCGAGUCACCCGCCAAUGUUGAUGCCGCGAAAAUGCAACGGGAGAACUACUCCGAGUUCAAGAAACGAGUGGCUGCAUGCGUUCGCAGAAGUCAGGAGGAGUGA